AUGAGCGAUCAAGGAAUCACCACGUACAGCGUCGAAUAUCGCGAGAAGCCUGGUGCCAAAUGUGCAUCCUGUUCAAAGAGCAUUCUGGCGAAAUCGCUUGCAGCUUCAGAGAUCUUUCGCAAGAGCAAGACUGAAAAGAAAAAGUUUGCAAAGCACACCUGGUAUCACUUCAAGUGCUGGACAGUUCCUGAUAUGGUAACCAAGCUACCAAUAGAGCAAUUGCGAGGAUACCCUUCACUUGUUGAAAAGGAUCAACGACUAGUACAACAAUUGAUUGAACGUGGUGCAGGCGCCAAAUGGGAAGAUUCGAAGGAAAAGGAGGAGGACGAGGAGGAGCCCGUGGAUACCGAGAAACCAGCCAAAAAGAAAGAGAAGAAACGAAGCAAGGCUGCUGAUUUGACAUUUGGAUUGACUGGUGUGCAAGUUGCACCUGUGAAGAACGUUACCAAACUCGCAUCCAAUGCUGGCAAGAAGCGAAAAGCCGAGAGCAUAGAAAAGAAGAAGAAUGAGGCACCUAAAGAAGAGCCGUCGCUUGGCAAGAAGGAUCAACUAGAAUUAGAAAGCAUUGCAAAAGAAAUCCAAGAUGCUCUGAAAAAGUCUAAAAAGGCAAAGAAAUGA